UUCACGGCAACCAUUGCUGUUUCUGUUGUUUUAGGAAUUGGGAUUUCAAGAUAGCGAGAGUGAAAACGGGCAACCAUUCCUCGCGAUUCUAUUUUUUCUUCUGAAUUUUAUCUCUUAUUUUCCCUCACCACUCUAUUUUUGAUUCAAUUUCUCUGUAAUCGACUCAUCUGAACGAAAUUUUAUAUCAAUAUAUUUUGGAGCAUUUUCUCGUUCUUUAUAUUCUUGAACAUUCGAUCACCAUGAAUCUUGAUCAUCGGCGCCCUAAAAAUUUGAUUCGAUAUUUGAAUAACUGAAUUGUUCUUGCAAGAUUUCAAUCAGAGGUUUCAAUUUUCUGCCGCUUCUGCUUGCUUCGAUAAGCGCCUACAUAUCAGAACCCUAUUUCGGAGGUUUCGGAUUCAAACCCUGAUAUAUCGAAAAAUGCUGCUGGAAUUUUUUUGGCUUCAUGAUUCGACCUCGAUGUCUUCAGGAUGCUUCUAGGGAAGACUCCAGGAUUGUCAGCUUUAUGCAAUGCAAUGCAAUAAAUUACUUGCAUCAAUUUGUGCAGAUUCAUCACAAGACAUGUCAGGAAAUGAGGUUUACUCAUUAAAGAUUGAAGAGGCAUGCUAUGUGGAGUAUGAAAUAAAUUUGACCAAAGUUGCAGAACCUCCAAAGGAAAGAAUGGAGCCGGCUCUUUUUAGCCCUCCACUUUCAAAGCAAAUAGUGGAAUUUGCAGUGCAACACAUUGUAGAAUCCCAUGCUACUACUAUGCUUGAUUUUGGAUGUGGAUCUGGAAGCUUGUUGGAAGCAUUGCUAAAUUACACAACUUCUCUGGAGAAAAUUGCUGGUGUUGAUAUUUCACAGAAAGGUCUCACUCGUGCUGCAAAGGUCACAUGCACUUUCCUAUCUCAGUUUUCAUUUUAGUUUUAAGUAGAGUAUCUAGGGUUUAUGUUUAGUUGUAAGCAGUGGCAGAGCUUGACAAAAAUAUUUGAGGGGCCAAAUAUAUUUAGCUAUUAUAUUAAAUGGUUUCACUGAAAUUUGCACGAAAGUUUUAGUGGCUUAGUGGUUAGUGAUCUUUGUUUUUAAUGUAUAGUACAUAUAUACAUCAAUGUUAAAAACAAAGAUUAGUAACGUUAUCCUCAGUGGGUUUUGGGGGCUGGCCGCUACCCACUACACCGGUAUAGCAUUUUGGGAGCCGGCUGCUGCGCUACACUAUAUGGUGCUGACUACAUUGGUCCAAACAAAGCUCCUCCCCUAAAUGUAAGUGUCUUCAAUUGUUUGUCCCAACUUUAUCAAGAUUUUGAGAAGGUGUUUAUUAAGCCUGUCUUGUAAUAUGCGAGUCUUUUUUGUGCAUAAUGGUGCCCACAACUUUUGAAAAUAGGAAAGUAAUUGGCCAUACUAUUUUAUAAUUAUUAUGUUGAAUACCAUGUAAUCUUUAGCUGAUGGAAAUAUGUUAAUAUUGGAGUAAGAUGUCUUUGACGUGAUCUUUACUGACUUGAGUUCUGUUCAAAGUGUGGAAAUAUUGUCUAUGUAAUGAAUUAAAGAUUGUGUUGGACAUGUAGUUGAUGAAGGCCAGCCUUUUGAUCUUUGGAUGUCUUGGUUUUAUAGAACCUAGUACUCUGUGUGGGAUACUGAAACCAUAACUUUAUUCUUGUAUAUACAUGUGAAUUGUGCAGGGUCUGAAUUCAAAACUAGUUGCCCAUGAAUUAGCUGCUUGAUACCAUUAUUCUAAUUUCAAUGAUAUGACUUUUUGCUCAUAUCUUAAAAUUGGAAGGAUAUGAUAAACCUCAUAUAACAAUGUGAUACAUGAGAAUUGACGGACCAAACUUGAGCUUUGAUUUGAUGUCCCUAAAAUCUACUGCAAUAUAAAUCUUGUAUUUAUAUUGUGUAACUCAAUAGAUGUGUAUGAGAAUUGACGGAUCAAAAUGUGAGUUUAUAGUUGACCAUCUUAAAGUAGAUUGCAUUAUGAAAGUCUUUAUUCAUACUGGAAAAUAUUGGAUGAUAUACAUGAAAAUUGAUUGGAUUAUGAAAGUCUUUAUUCAUACUGUAAAA